UGUUUAUCACUCAGUAUCUAAUGUUAAAUCACAUCAUUUCAGAUUUCACAGAGCGAACCCCACUCCUCGCCAAGUCUCUAAACUCUCUCUAUCCUAUCUAGCACUGUAAUAUUUCCACUGUUUGUUUUGUCUCGGCAUUGCCUGCUUGCUUUUUUCCUCUGUUUUUGUUUUUUGAUUUUUUUAUGAACUAAGUACUUCUGCAGAGCACCUGUAACCCCCAUGUGGGUUUCCUUUUGUUUGCUUUUGAGAAGGAAAUGAAGGAGAAAGAAGUCAAGAGAAUCUCUGUAGUGUUGUAGAGAAGAACUACAAGAAACUCACAAGGAUAAUCUUUUAACCCCCAUGUUCCCCAGUAGCUUUGCUGUUGUUAUAUAGCUUUUUUCCCCCCUCUUUUGUAGCAGUGUGUGUGAUUGCCUAUUUCACUCCCAAACAGCACUGAAGAAAUGACUAAAGGCGAGGACUUUAAGCUUCUCAAGAUCCAGACUUGUGUUCUCAAGGUGAACAUGCAUUGUGAUGGGUGUAAGCAGAAAGUGAAGAAAUUGCUUCGGAGGAUUGAAGGUGUCUAUCAAGUCAGCAUAGAUGCAGAGCAGCAAAGAGUCACUGUGUCAGGAAGUGUAGAUGCUGCAACUUUGAUCACUAAACUAGUCAGAGCUGGUAAACAUGCUGAGCUUUGGUCCCAUAAAUCUACCCAAAACCCAAAGCAGAACAACUGCAUAAAAGAUGACAAGAACAACAAAGGCCAGAAACAAGGUCAGGUCAAAGGUGUUGUGAACUUCAAGAACCAGCAGAAUUUCCCUCUAUACAUCGAUGAAGAGGGUGAGUUUUGUGAUGAUGAUGAAGAUAUGUAUGAAGAAGAUGAGCUCGCUUUUCCUGGGGACAAUGCCAACCAAUUGGGUGUAAUCCGACAGGCAAUUAAUGCGAGCAAUGCUAAGAAGGGCCUUGGUGUGCAACCCACCAACAAUGGCAAGAUGAACAACAACCUUGGAAAUGUCAAUGGUGGUAAGAAAGAGAUCCCAAUUCAAAAUAUGGGAAUGAAGAUAAAUCCUAGUGGGAUUGAUCAGAAAACCUUGGCAGCACUGAAGAUGAACAAUCUGAAUCUAAAUGGUGGAAACAUCAAUGCUGGGGAGGGGAGAAGGACAAGUGACAUUGGUGCCAUGAUGGGUCUUGCAGGUUUUCCUACAAAUGGUGGCAACGUGGCUAAUGUUGUCAAUCCUGCUGCUUUAGGAGGCAAUCCCAAUGGUCUUGGAGGGUUUCAAGUCCAACACAGUAACAAUAAUGGUGGGUUUCAGGGUUCAUCAUCUGCAGGAUUAUUCCCCAACGGUGGGUAUGGUGCAGGUCAACAGUUCCCCUCAUCAAUGUUAAUGAACAUGAGUGGAUACAACCAUCCAUCAAUGAUGAUGAACAGGCAACAACCACAGAUGAUGUACAAUAGGUCUCCUUACAUUCCUCCUAGCACUGGCUAUUACUACAAUGGUUAUUACCCUGCUCCCUCUUACUAUCCUGAACAACAACGAGAAGAACCCAAUUUUGGUGGUGAUCACAGUGGUGCUUCAGCCAUCAAUGAUGAGAACAGUAGUAGCUGUUCAAUUAUGUAAUUAAUUGGUAAAACAAAUUUAUGUGUAGAGGUUUGCAUUUGGGUUGUUCUGACUUGAAAUUCCAUGAGUCAAGCGAGUUUUUGACAGUGUUUUGUAGUGCUUGGAUGGCAUAUGCCCAAGUGAAUCUUAUCACUGUACUAUUGUAAUUAUCUCCAUCUACUUUCCUUGGUUGAUGGGUUACUGUUGAUUGGUUUAAUUAAUACAUUUUUUAGGACCUUUGCG